AUGGACUUCGUGUUGCUACCGAAAAUUCUGGGCUGUCUACUUGUCGGCUUGUGGAUCGACGCGGGCAGCAGAUACGAAAACGACAAAAACAACGGUGUGGCUCAUUUCCUGGAACACAUGGCUUUCAAGGGGACUGGCCGUCGAACCCAAACAGAACUCGAGUUAGAGGUGGAAAAUAUGGGUGCCCACCUGAACGCAUAUACCUCUCGCGAACAGACCGUUUAUUACGCAAAGUGCUUUUCCAAGGAUAUAGAAAAAGCCAUUGACAUCCUCGCAGACAUUCUGCUAAACAGCAAGUAUGGUGAAGCGGAAAUCGAAAGGGAACGUAGCGUGAUUCUUCGCGAGAUGCAGGAGGUAGAACAGAACAUGCAAGAGGUUGUUUUCGAUUAUUUGCAUGCUAAUGCCUUUCAAGGCACUCCUUUGGCUCGAACUAUUUUGGGCCCCACCGAAAAUAUUAAGUCCAUUAAUCGUCAAGACCUGAUCGACUACGUAAAACAACAUUAUAAGGGAAGUCGUAUGGUUCUAGCCGCCGCUGGAGGGGUCGAUCACGACCAACUUCAUCGAUUAUCCGAAAAGUAUUUCAGCAAGCUCGACAGUCUGUACGAUGGCCCCGUAGUUCAAGGUCCUUGCCGUUUCACCGGAUGUGACAUGCAUUUCCGAGAUGAUGCCAUGCCUUUUACUUACGUUGCAAUGGCUGUAGAAGGUGUUGGAUGGGAACAUCCGGAUAAUAUCCCGCUUAUGAUAGCCAACACGUUAAUUGGCCAGUGGGACCGGACACAUGGAGCCGGCGUCAAUGGCUGCCAAAGCUUCCAGGCGUUUAACACGUGUUACAAAGACACCGGCCUCUGGGGAGUGUACCUAGUGGCCGACGGAACAGCCGUAGACACUGUCAUGAGCCACGUUCAGAGUGAAUGGAAAUAUCUUUGCCGUUAUGUGACUGAUGAUGAGGUGGAACGAGGCAAAAACCUUCUUAGAACUAACAUGCUCCUAAUGCUGGAUGGCUCAACGCCAAUAUGCGAAGACAUUGGAAGACAAAUGCUGUGCUACGGCCGAAGAAUACCUAUCCAUGAACUGGAUGCCCGGAUUAAUGCUGUCGAUGCGAAGGUGCUACGAAAAAUUUGCUUGAAGUACAUCUAUGACAGAGAUCCCUGCAUUAUUGCAGCAGGUAUGCUGUAAAA